GAGAGAGAGAGAGAGAGAGCGUGUGCACUGCGCAGUAAAGCAGUAAAGUGAUGAAUGGGUUCGGUUGUGUCUUGCAAAACUAAUAAUAAAGCAACCAUGAUUGUCACAAAUCGUCGGCCUCGUAUUCGGACCGGGAUGCGGAGCUGAGCAGACCCAUUGCGGGGUAAAGUGAACUGAAGGGAACGUCUCCCCUGCGCUCCUCUACUAUGGCCUGCCCUGGAGCCGAACAGCAGGAUAUGUGGAACAAUUACAUUACUACCUGUCACUCUUUAUAACUACUUAUAGAGAUCUGAAUGCUUAUUAUUUACUAAUCGCCACAUUUGGCGAGGCGUGUUUUAAAGCCACACUUGAAGUUCGGUGCUUCCUUAUUAAAGCGUCACCUUUAAGCUGCCCAAGUCACGUCGGAGUUCAUUGACGGUAACUUUGUUGGCUUAAACAUCACAUUUAGGUUUAGGGUCUUGUAGGCGCGAUGCGAGACGUCACAAGCGGGCUAACGUUGAGCCAAACAGCAGCUUCGAGGCACGGGCGGAAAUGAGAAGGAGUUUGGCCCCCAGUCAGGUCGCCAAACGGAAGCAAGGGGAGGAUGAUCAUCGAGACGAAAUAUAGUAUAUUAACCACGAGCGGUUCUCGAGAGAAGAUGAAUGGAGAAAAUUGGGACAGUGAUGAAGAAGUCCAAGUUCCAUGGCCACUCAACAAAGCAGGAGGAAGGAAGCAGUCACAAACCAAAUACGUGGCAAGAAUUCUGAGAUUUGGUGAAGACACACGUGAACUGACGCCAUAUUUGAAAGCCGCUCAGGAUGGCAAGGAUGUACCCCUUACUGGUGAUUUGGAAUGUGGCAGAGGCAAGAGAAACAAACAGCCAAAGUCUUGGUCAUCAGACAGUGAGAGCAAGGAUGAAAGUGUUGAGGAGACUCUAUCUGACAGACAGCAGAAGAAAAAGAGGAAAGUAAGCCGUACAGCUGUGGGAUAUGAUGCUCGGGCACAAUUGAAGGCCCAACUUGCUGCUCUGGGAAGAACUUCACCGAAAGAUACAUGUACAGAAAUGGAAUCCCUGAAGAAGGAAGUCCUCCAGUUGAGAGAGGAAAACAAAUCCCUUCGAGAUGCAUUGAGGGUUGUUGAAGGACUUCCUGGCCUGCUAAUGAAGAUGGACGACUUAUCACGUCAGGCAACAAUACUAUCAGCUCGACGUCCUGCUGUCGCUCUGCCAGAGAGGAGCUGGCCAACAGCAGCUUGACAGGAAAAAAAUCCAAUGCUUUUAAGGAUAAGCAUGAGAAACCAAAACUGGAUGACAAGAAAGUGUCUGCUAUUAUUGAUUUUGUGAAGAAGCUCCAUCCCUCAAGUGAAGCAAAUGUGAUAAAGAAAAUCAUUGGAGUGAAACUGAACAUUGCGCAGAAAAUGGAAAAAAAGAAGGCCUCAGAAACAAAUUCUGCUGGACGUCUAGCCGUCUCUAACAGUCGGGGAGCUAUUGGCCACGCCCCGAUGCAAGAUGGCGCCAGUAUGUGCUUUGGCCUGCCGUCUCUCGCUGUCAGCUCUGUUCGUUUUUGUGUUUUUUGCGUCUAUUUUCGUCUCUGUCAGCUCACUGCUUGUGUAUGACCGCCAAACACUGUUGGAUCUUUGCCCCUCUCCCACUGAUAUGAUCAACUUCGACGUUGGUUUUUCGACGUCCCAGUCAGCUUUUUCACCUGGCCGGAUUCCUGCCUUCCUUUCCCGCCCCCUGGCUCCUCUCCCCCGGCGGAAGCGUCUCCGGCGCCGCGGUAAACGUGGCGGCCAGCUGGUGAAAGUUAGGGCACUCCUGGCCCGGCUUCCCGUGGCUCCCCGAAGGAUGAAUGGUGCGGUAUCCGGUCUCCUCCUGCACCCACGCUCGCUCGAUCCGAUCGGCUCCUGGCUGGUUCCUAUCGUUGGUUUGGAGGAAGAAGCUUGCCGUCGUCGCUCCUGCUGUCCCCGCCCCCGGAGGCGCGGGGUGGAUCACCGCCACCUGCGGGCUGUGUGUCGGGCCCCACCCGGAUUAAUUGCGGCCUUGGACGUGCUGGCCCCCGCCAGGUUCGGUCUUGUGAACGCAAGAUCUUUGACAAACAAAACUUUUAUCCUGAAGGAUUUCUUCACUUCCCGCGGACUGGACUUCCUCUGUGUGACGGAGACAUGGCUGAGAGCCGGUGAGUCCGCCCCUCUUAAUGAACUUCUGCCUUCGGAGUGUUCCUACUUUAAUUCCCCACGGCCGUCCGGUCGAAAAGGAGGAGGAUUAGCAGUCGUUUUUAAAAAUGACUUUAAAUGCCGUCAGAUCCGCCUACAAUCCUCCUUUUCAAGCUUCGAACUGUGCAUGUUUGAACUGGGUCUUUCUGAUGUCGUCCUGUGUGCCGUCAUCUAUCGACCACCCAAGUACCACAAAGACUUUAUAACUGACUUUUCUGAAUUUCUGGCUGAAAUCCUGCCCAAAUAUGAUCGUGUCCUUAUUGUGGGUGAUUUUAAUAUUCACACCUGCUGUCCAGAUGAGCCGCUUUCCAGGAGCUUCCUGAAUAUAAUCGACUCAUUUAACUUUGUACAGUCUGUGUGUGGUUCUACACAUGAACGCGGGCAUACACUCGAUUUAGUGCUCUCGUAUGGUUUGUGUGUUUUUAAUUUGGACAUUUGCGACGCUGUGUUCUCUGAUCACAUGCCGAUCCUGUUUGAUAUUGCCACGCAGUGUCCAGUUAAAUUGUGCGCACCGCCCCAACGCUCUCGCAUGUUUAAUUUUUCGUCUCCUGCUCGGUUCUCCUCUAUUUUUUUGACUCUUUGUGAUGAUAAUUCUGCAGCAUCUGUGUGUCUGAAUACUGAAGAGUUGGUUUCUGGGUUCAACUCUAUCUGUUCACAAACACUGGACACGAUCGCGCCUUUCAAAUGCCGCCGCGCUAAAGCCACGCCUCAACCCUGGUUGAAUGACGUCACUCGGGCUGCCAGGCGCGUAUGUAGAAGAGCAGAGAGAAAAUGGAAAAAAGACAGGCUGCAUGUGUCCUUUGCCAUUUUUAAAGAAAGCCUGUUUUCCUUUCAGAUGACUGUAAAAGCAGAAAUGAAUAUAUAUCUAUCUCAGAUUAUAUCUUCUAACUGUAACAACCCCAGAGUUCUGUUUAAAACUAUUAACACUGUCAUUGAUGCUCCCAAAUCUGCUGGUUUUGAUGCUUCUUUUGAAUUCUGUGAAAAUUGUCUCCAUUUUUUCACUGACAAAAUUGUGUCAACUAGAGCCAGUCUAUCUCAGCCUUCAUAUGACCCUUCUGUUCCCCUGCAUUUCUCUUCUGUUUUCCAUCAGUUUGAGCCGGUGUCCUUUUCUUUUUUAAGUGACACAGUUAGUCAUAUGAAGCCCUCUGGUUCUCCUGCAGAUGCCCUCCCACCUCGCCUGUUUAAGGAGGUACUUGCUACUAUUGGAUCAAGUGUCCUUAACAUUAUCAAUAGUAGCCUCUCUUCUGGAAUAGUUCCAGUAGAGUUUAAACAUGCAGUGGUACGACCUCUACUUAAAAAACCCAGCCUCGACCCCUCUCUCCUCUCUAACUUCAGACCUAUCUCUAAUCUUCCAUACAUUUCCAAAAUAUUAGAGAAGGUUGUCUACAGUCAGUUGCUGCCCUUCUUAGAGGAUAAUGGUAUCACUGAGCUGUUCCAGUCCGGUUUUAAAGCCCUCCACAGCACAGAGUCAGCGCUUCUAAAAGUUUUUAACGAUAUCCUCCUGUCCACUGAUUCUGGUAAAUAUGUUGUCCUGGUGCUUUUAGAUCUGUCUGCUGCGUUCGACACCGUCGACCACGCCACCUUAAUCACUCGUCUUGAGAACUGUGUGGGCAUUAAGGGCGCCGCCCUCAACUGGUUCCGGUCGUACCUAACCGACAGGAGUUUUUGUGUAAAAGUAGACAGUUUUAUGUCGUCCACAGCUCCUUUACCACAUGGGGUCCCCCAGGGUUCAAUCCUUGCCCCAAUUUUAUUUGCGCUUUACCUUCUCCCCCUUGGUUCUAUUUUUAGGAAGUACAGUAUUGCAUUUCAUUUUUAUGCCGAUGAUUGCCAGAUUUAUUUUCCCAUGGCACAAAAUAACACGGUUCAAAGUCUUAUUGACUGCCUGCACGACAUCAAAGUCUGGCUUUCAGCUAACUUCCUGAGCCUAAAUGAAGACAAAACAGAAGUUAUGUUGUUCGGUCCAAGUCGCUCUCCCUCCCCCAACGUUGACCUCGGCACUCUGACCCCGUAUCUCAGCGACUCUGUCACAAACCUGGGGGUAAAGUUUGACUCAGAUUUUAAAUUCGAAAAACAAAUCAGCAGCGUCGUUCAAAAAAGCUUUUAUCAAUUACGCCAAAUAGCGAAAGUAAAACCGCUUUUAUCAAGACAUGAUCUUGAGAAAUUAAUCCACGCUUUUAUCUCGACUCGUCUUGAUUACUGUAAUGCCCUGUAUGUUGGCAUUAGCCAGGCCUCCCUCGCCCGCCUGCAGCUCGUGCAGAACUCUGCUGCUCGUCUGCUAACACAGACCCGCAGACGUGAGCACAUCACCCCUAUUUUAGCGUCCCUUCACUGGCUCCCUGUGCGUUACCGAAUACAUUUUAAACUCCUUUUAUUUGUUUUUAAAUGUCUAAACAACCUCGCGCCAACCUAUCUCUCCGACCUCCUUCAGCCUUACUGCCCCACCCGAUCCUUAAGAUCAGCCGAUCAGCUGCUGUUGACGGUCCCUGACACAAGGCUGAAGCUUAGAGGUGACAGAGCUUUCGCCGUUGCUGCUCCCAAGCUCUGGAACGACCUACCCCUGAGUGUUAGACAAGCCUCCUCUCUUCCUGUUUUUAAAUCUCUCUUAAAAACAUACUUUUAUUCCAUGGCUUUUAACACUGAGUGAUAUCCAUCCUGCAAUGGCGCCCCAUAAUACACCUGCUGUGAUCCUGUUUUUAUGUUUUUAUGUUUUUAUUAAUUCUAUUUUAAUUAUUUAUUUUUUAUCAUGUUCUGUUUGUGUUGAGUUGUGUUUGCUCGGUACUCGUUUUAUCUUUUAACCUGCUCAUUGUACAGCACUUUGGCUACCCCUGUGGUAAAUUUUAAAUGUGCUUUAUAAAUAAAGUUGAUUUGAUUUGAUUUGAUUUGAUAGACAUCACUCUCUUUAUCGAGCUGAAAAAUGCCAUAGUGUAACUCAUUGCAUGACAGCUAGUGUCUUGGUGUCUGCAGACACUAAUUCUGGUAUAUUUUAUUGAUCUUUCAGAUUUUGUGAAGAAGCUCCAUCCCUCAAGUGAAGCAAAUGUGAUAAAGAAAAUCAUUGGAGUGAAACUGAACAUUGCGCAGAAAAUGGAAAAAAAGAAGGCCUCAGAAACAAAUUCUGCUGGACGUCUAGCCGUCUCUAACAGUCGGGGAAGCGCGGUGAUCAUGUUGAUUUAUGCUGCUGACAUUUAUUUAUUACGUCAAGAUUUGAGUUACAUGUAUAUAAUAAAUACAAGUCAACAUUCA